GAGGCUUUUUCCGUGACUUUCUCAUGCGCGCUAUCGCACGGUCCGCGCUAUCAAGCCGCCAUCUCUCUCCCCGCCUCGCUCGCAGCUCACUCAUACUCUGUCGUUUCCUGCGCAACUCUUCCACAAUGUCUGCAGCACCCAUCGACGGCAUCGUCCUCGGCGUCUCUGGCGGCAAGCCUGCGAGCGCUGAGGUGGCCCGCGCUACCUCGAUCGACGUCGCUUCGCAGUGGGCCGCUUCUCGGGCUUCCAACACCAAGCCCGGUCAGCUGAGGGUCUUUUAUCCUUCCAAACCCGAUGAGCCCAUCGUUGCAGCUGUCUCGCUCGCCAGCGACCAGAAGCCCGCGCCCACGACGGCCCCCGACACGCUGCCCGCGGCCGAGACGUACCUGCGCAACGAGAACCUCGAGUGGAGCCGUAUCGCGGCAGCCAAGGGUGCCAAGGCGCUCAAGGAGCACGGCCACCCGUCAUCGUCCUCGUCCUCGUCCGAGGGGGGUGACGACAAGGCGAAGCUGACGAAGCGGACCAUUGCCGUCGACAGCUUCGCAAGUGCGCACGCCGCUGCGACGGGCGCCAACCUGGGCCUCUGGCAGGUCAACCACUUCAAGACGAGGGGACCCAACGCUGCCUUUGGCGAGGCCUACGAGAAGCAGGGCGGCCGCGACAUCGAGGUCGUCCCGCUCAGUGGAGGCAGGACGAGAGCGGACAAGGAGAAGAUCCUCGAUCAGGGAGACGAGAUCAAGGGCUCCUCGGUGCCCCUGAGCUUCUUCACGGGCGAAGUAUACGCCGAGGCGCAGAACUGGGCCAGGGAGCUCAUGGAGACGCCGGCCAACCUCUUGACGCCGACAAUCUUCAGCAACGUCGUCACCGAAAGACUCAACAAGCUGGCGAAUGUCAAGACGACCGUGCACGACGAAGCGUGGGCCAAGAGCAAGGGAAUGGGCUCCUUCCUCAGCGUCGCCAACGGCACCGAAGAGCCGGCCAAGAUGCUUGAGAUCCACUACAAAGGUGCCACCUCGCCGAACGCUCCCACGCUUGCCUUCGUCGGCAAAGGUAUCACUUUUGACUCGGGUGGUAUCUCGCUCAAGCCUGGCCUCGGCAUGAAGCUGAUGCGUGCCGACAUGGGCGGAGCAGCUGUCUGCGUCUCGACGGUGUACGCCAUUGCAAAGCUCGGCAUCCCUGUCAAUCUCAUCUGUGUCACGGCCCUGACUGAGAACAUGCCGAGCGGCCAUGCUACCAAGCCGGGCGACAUUGUCAAGGCCAUGAACGGCCUGACGAUCGAGGUCGACAACACCGACGCCGAGGGACGACUGGUCCUUGCUGAUGCUUUAACAUACGUCUCGCGCGAGUUCAAGCCUGCCGUGCUCAUCGACGUGGCCACGUUGACCGGAGCCAUUCUCCACGCCUUGGGCCACGAGUACACGGGCGCGUUCGUCGAAGACGAGAGCCUGUGGCAGGGCAUCAAGGCCUGUGGAGAGGCCGAAGACGACCCGUUCUGGAGAAUGCCGCUGAGCGACCGCUUCGAAAAGUACGUCGACACGUCUAACAGCGACAUUGUCAAUGUCGGCCGGCCCGCUGGGAGCGCUUCGGCAGCCAUCUUCCUCAAGCAGUUUGUCGAAGGCCUCGAAGACCGCAGCAAGCAGCAGAAGGCGACGGUCAAGUACGCCCAUUUGGACAUUGCUGGCACCAUGGAAAAGAUUCACAACACGGCCUACCAGACGACGAUUCUCACGGGCCGUCCCACCAGGGCUCUGAUCGAAUACGCCCGACGCUUCGCCGUGGCUCCCUGAUGGGAUUCCUCGUCUAGUCGCUGUAUAGCAUAAAUCACGGUGUCAAAUAAGUGAAACGAAGAAUGCCACGUUGUUCCUCUGCUU